CUCGAUUUCUCCAUUCUUGAAAAAGGAAAGUAAAGAAGGAUUCACUUCCUAUGGGCCGAAACUCGUCUCCUCCGAGACUAGACGGCGAUGACAACGAAAAUGGAAAAAAUAACGCCAUCAACAACAGUGACAGCAACAAUAACAACGAUCAAGGACUCUACUCGAUCCGCGAUCGGUUUCCUCUCAAAAGAAAUCCCGGUCACAGUCGGGACCGAACCAAACAAUAUUCUCUUGUCGAACGGCCUUCAGUUCGAAACCGCGCCCGGUUUAACCGGAAAGGAUUAUUGCACAUCCCUUUUCGAGGCAUUUAUUUGUUUUAUUUUUUGAUAUUUUUCUCCGUGUUCGCUUUUGCUGUGGCAUCAAUGGUGAUGCAGAGUUCGAUCACGGUGAUGUUGUUUAGGCAAGGAGGAGAGAGGAGUUGGAGGAGGUCUAUCAGAGAAGGGAUGAGGUUUGGGAGCUCGUUGAAGUUUAUGCCCGCAGGGAGCUCGAGGCUGCGCGCCGAAGGCGGUGGACUUGAUCCGAUGAGAUCGACAAAUAAGCUCGGAAUUCGCGGCCCAAGACUUGCCGUUAUUUUGGGGAACAUGAAGAAAAACCCACAAUCGUUGAUGCUGGUGACUGUGGUAAAGAGUCUUCAGAGGCUUGGCUAUGUAUUUGAGAUUUAUGCAAUAGGAAGUGGCGAAGCACGGGCAAUAUGGGAGAACCUAAGUGCUAAAUUUUCAGUUUUAGGUCCAGAUCAAUUUUCUCAUAUUGAUUGGUCUCUGUUUGAAGGUGUUAUUGCUGAUUCUCUUGAAGCAAAAGAGGCCAUAUCAAGCCUUAUGCAGGAGCCUUUUGAUACAGUACCACUUAUAUGGAUAAUUCAAGAAGAUACUCUGGCAAAACGACUUCCUGUCUAUAAGGAGAUGGGGUUGGAGCAUCUUUUUUCUAAUUGGAAAACUACUUUUACCAGGGCCAAUGUUAUUCUGUUCCCUGAUUUUACACUACCGCAAGUUGCAUCACGGUUAGGACUUACUCAAGACUCUGUUAGGCAUUAUGGCUUGGAUGGUGAUGCCAAUGGAGUUUUAUUAAUGGCUGAUAUUGUUCUAUACGGUUCCUCACAAGAAGAACAGGGUUUCCCUCCAUUAAUUAUCCGAGCCAUGGCAUUUGGAAUCCCAGUCAUUGCACCUAAUUUUCCAAUUUUAAAAAAAUAUGUAGGUCCAUUUAAAUUUUUUCCUCUUAGUUCCUACUUCCUGAUUUGUUUGUGUGUGUGUGUGAGAGAGAGAGAGAGAUGGAGGGACUUUCAAUUCAUAUUACAUUUUAAGCUGCUUUUUUUAUUGCAGGUGGCUGAUGGAACGCAUUGCGCUUUUUUCGAAAAACAUAACCCUGAUGCUCUAUUGAGGACUUUCUCACUUCUGAUAUCGAAUGGAAGACUUUCUAGAUUUGCUGAAACUGUUGCUUCUUCUGGAAGACUGCUUGCUAAAAACAUUCUGGCAUCGGAAUGCAUAACUGGUUAUGCAAGCCUUCUGGUGAAUUUACUUUAUUUCCCAUCAGAUGUUUUGCUGCCAGGUUCUGUUUCUGAACUUAAGCAGGGAUCCUGGGAGUGGAACCUUUUCAGGAAGGAAAUAGAACACAGCAAUAUUGAUAUUUCCAUAGAUUCUAGUGUUGUUCAUGCCCUUGAGGAGGAAUUCACCAAAAACAUUAUUGACAAGUCUAAGAAUAGGGCUGAGAUUCAGGAUCAGGAUGCCCUUACUGAACAAGACCUGGAUCUCGUGACGGAAAUAGAGAAUUUGGAAGAUUACGAAAGAGUUGAAAUGGAGGAGAUUAAUGAAAGAACAGAGAGAGAUCUUGGUGUGUGGGACGAGAUAUAUCGAAAUGCUCGGAAAUCUGAAAAACUGAGGUUUGAAGCAAACGAAAGAGAUGAGGGAGAGCUAGAAAGGACAGGUCAACAUGUAUGCAUUUAUGAGAUCUAUAGUGGAGCUGGGGCCUGGCCAUUCUUGCACCAUGGAUCGUUGUACCGUGGGCUAAGUCUUUCUAGAAGAACAAGGAGGUUGAUAUCAGAUGAUGUGGAUGCAGUUGGCCGACUUCCGCUUUUGAAUGACACUUACUACAGGGAUAUAUUAUGUGAAGUUGGAGGAAUGUUCUCUAUUGCAAAUAGGGUGGAUAGCAUUCACAAGAGACCUUGGAUUGGUUUUCAAUCAUGGCAUGCUGCUGGUAGGAAGGUUUCAUUGUCCACAAAAGCUGAAAAAGUUUUGGAAGAAACUAUACAAAGAAGUAAGGGAGAUGUAAUGUACUUUUGGGUGCGCCUUGAUGUUGAUGGUGGAGGUGAAGGAAACAGUGAUGCACUUACAUUUUGGUCGAUGUGUGAUAUAUUAAAUUCUGGACACUGCAGAACUGCUUUUGAAAAUGCCUUCCGCAAGAUGUAUAACAUACCAUCAGAUAUGAAAGCUCUUCCUCCCAUGCCCCAAGACGAAGGUCACUGGUCUUCCUUGCAUAGCUGGGUGAUGCCAACCAAGUCCUUUUUGGAGUUCAUUAUGUUUUCACGGAUGUUUGUUGAUUCUCUUGAUGCCUUGCAUUCCAAUUCUAGUGAGCCCAAUAUGUGCUUGCUUGGUUCGACGUAUCUUGAGAAAAAACAAUGUUACUGUCGGGUAUUGGAACACUUGGUCAAUGUUUGGGCUUACCAUAGUGGGCGGAGGAUGGUCUACAUUGAGCCCCGCUCUGGUUUGCUCGAAGAGCAACAUCCAGUUGAACAACGGAAAGAAUUUAUGUGGGUUAGAUAUUUUAAUUUCACAUUAUUAAAGACCAUGGAUGAAGAUCUAGCUGAGGCUGCAGACGAUGAUGACAAUCCAAGGAAGAUGUGGUUGUGGCCGUUGACGGGAGAAGUACAUUGGCAAGGAAUUUACGAGAGGGAGAGGGAAGAAAGAUACCGGUUGAAGAUGGAGAAAAAGAGGAAAACUAAAGAGAAACUACUGGAAAGGAUGAGGAAUGGGUAUAGGCAAAGACCACUUGGAUUAUAGGAUACGUAGAAGCUAAUUCAGAUGACCAUAUUCAAAGUCUAACAUAGAAUCACCGGACUCCUAACACAGAUACUGAACCCGUUUUCCUUCUCAAACCAGGAAGCCGAAAAAAGUAUCUCAGAUGAGAGGGGAGUUAAAUCUAACAGCAUUGUUGGAGACAGUUUAUUCUUCUGAUUCCUUUUUAUCAAGUAAAUUGCUUUCAAGAAGCAGAGAGGAAACAAAAAUAGCUUCCUGGUGCUAAGAGGGUUAUCUCCUGAGGCAUAGAGGAUUCAAGUUCCGGGUUCUGGUUAAGAGGGUGACGAUUAUGGUAAUUCCUUUUCACCAUACAAGAACAUUCAAUUCAUCGAUGCGUCUCUUUUCUUUUUU